AGCUCAAAAGACAUUAUUCUGACUUGCUAACCUUAAUGAGUGUCAUUCAAAGCCCUAAAUUCUUUAAGCUACUCUCAUGGAUUGCAAUUGUAGCAACAACAGUUGUUGAACUUGUUCCUCUAAAUAGGCAUGGCCGAGUAUCCACAGUAAGAAGUAGGCCUUCCGAAAGAGCCAUUAAGGAUCUUCCGUCUUCAGGAAAUUUAGGAAACAGCGACAUAACAAAACUCCUUGACGACCUAGACAAUCAAACGGAAGCCAUCAGGAGUGGUCAAGAGAUCGGUGAAGAACUUCUAGGCGGAAAAAACCAAACAGGAUUGAGAGAAAAUGAACUGGAAAGAUCUAAUGGUACUAUCCUUGAAUAUUCUUAUGAUGAGAGCAAAGGAGACAGCUUUCCAGGAGAAGUAAAAGAUAACUCCUCGCAGGCUGUGAGUACAGCAGGAGCUCCGGUGCUGGUCGAUAGAGACGGAGUUCCAGAGAAAACAACAGCCCUUGAGAACGGAGCUUCCUAUUUGGCCGGCAAGCCCCUGUUGAUAUUCAAUAACAAAAGUAAAGACCUAGAUGUUAGCAAGUGGUUUCUGUACUAUCCACUCACGACGGAAACUGAUGAGCAAAGAGCAUAAUCAUUAAGCGUUACUGAUAACCGUCUAUAUCUAGUUGGGUUUUUUCGUUCGGUAUCUGCGAGAGCUAUUCUUCUGAAAUCGCGGUUGCACUAAGGUUCUUUCUUUAUUUUUAAAUCCCUCCGGUUGGUUGAUUGUCUCAUGGAAAAUUGAAUUGUGGAUCAAAUACAUGGGGUCUCAGCGCUCGUUUAGAGGUACCGCACCUCGAGGAUAUCCAUAUUCCUCCAUACCCCGACCAUUCAAACAUAGAACAAGUGAAAUCAUUCGUAAAAAAAGCAGCUAACUAUUAAUCAGUUUUAAUUUUGUUUUAAGAGUAGUUUAGUAACAAAGUGCACAUGGGAAGAGUCUCAAGUGAAGGAUUGCCAAGCGCCAGAGGGUCAAGGUGUCAAAUUAAGAUUUAGGAGACUCACGCUGUGGAAAGCUCUGAUAAGGUAUUUGGAAUGAUAAUUUUACCACUGGCCUUGCAGUCUAACGGAUAAGGCAUCCAACUUCGAGUCAAGGGAUUUCAGGUUCGACUACUGGUUGGGUUCCACUUUAAUUAUUUUUUUUCAAAAGAAAAGUUUGCUUGAGGAACGGUAUAGAAUCCUGUAAUUUUUAUUUCUAAGGGUAGGAAAAAGAGGAGAACGACUUGGCCAGUGAUCAGGUUGUUGGGAAAAAUUCAAAACAACGGCGUCUGUGGUCAAAUUAUGAUCACAUUUGUAAACAAGUUUGGAAAAGUUAGGUCAAUCUUUGGAAUCUUAACCUUGGACGGUAUUAUAUUAUUUCACAAAUGCUUUUUAGUGGAGGACAUAAGAAGUGAAAGCAUCAGAAGGCCAACAGAAACAGGAAUAACCAUUUCUUGGAAUAAAUGUUUCUUGAUUGGAAUAGAUUUCAUUUUAGGGAAAAUUCACGUUUUGUUUUUGAUGCUUUGACGUUCAAUCUAAUCAACAGAGGCCCCGUGGCCCAAUGGAUAAGGCAUCUGACUACGAAUCAGGGGAUUCCAGGUUCGAGUCCUGGCGGGGUCGCAAUUCUUUUACAUUACAUUUACUUUUACAUGAUUUGAUAUCUUUUUCUUUUAUCAUUUUAAUCGCCUCACAAAGUUAUGAGGCUGGAUAACAAAUCGAGUUAUGUUUGGUAGAGGAGCAUUGCUGAUAUUCUCCGGUUUCUUUACUGGAAAUAUUUACACAUCUACCAUGGAAAUUGAUUUAAAGACACUAUUCCCGAUCAUCGACGAUUUUCCUAAACUGAGGAUCAAGUGACAGUGACUGUGAUCAUGUAGGAUGAUGGAAGGAAUAUGAAGGGAACAGAUUCCGACGUCAUGAUAUUCCGGAGGGAAAGACAUCUAGGGUUUACCUUGGAAUUUCUAAUAAAAAAUUAAACACCCUGUUACAAAGUUGUUGGAUGCAAAGGAUUGCAUGAGAUGGUACUUACCGUUCUUUUUAUGAAGUCUUCAGAUUCAUAAAAUAUCUUAUUUAGAGGUCAGAACAGAAAUAUCCAUGAAAACAAGUCACAUAUGGCCAAACGGAUGUGCCAUCUUACAAAGAAUCAAGAGACUCUCAGGAGAUAACGAGUAGUUCACAAAAAGCUGAUGUGAAUGCAUUGUGUGAAUCCAAAUUAUUCAUCUAAUAUACUAAGGUAUGGGAAAGAGAGUAUUUAGAAUUGGUAUCAUGUCACAGAUAGGUAUUUCAGUGCCCAUUUUAUUGGGAAAUAAUCAAAAUAGGCGUCUCUGGGGUCGAAUCAUUAUCACAUUAGCGGGCACUUUUCGAACAGUUGGGGCAAUUUUAGA